UCGAUGCAUCUUCUCGCAUGUGUUAUCUUGAUGGACUAUUGCGAAUCGACAAGCUGCCGAUAAGGUCUAGUUGCUGAUUUACUUCCACGAGAACUCCCCGCACGACCACCUCACAAUCUGGACAGUCUACAACCCUUUACGAACCGGAGCAUCUUCACGUUUAUUCACCAUGGGCAAAUUCAGAAUUCUCAGCGACGCGGCUGUGCUCGAUAUCCUGCUUAACCUCCCGAAAGUCGAAAUCCUCCAACUCCGAGAUCGGCUUGUGGGAGCGUUGGUAGAACUCUCCAAGGGUACAGAGCGGGACCAUCAGCCCGAUGCAUCAAUCGUAAACAGACCUGAAGGCACAAAGUGUCUCUUCCGACCCUUCAGCUCCGCCAGCGCUUUCGGAACCAAAAUUGUCGUCACCCCGGCGCCCUCAUCACCGGCAGCCAAUAGCUUGCAUGGCAUCAUUUCCAUUUGCGACCAGGACGGCCUGCCCCUAGGCGUCAUCAACGCGGAAGAAGUCACAGGAUACCGAUCGGCGCUCUCUGCCAUUGUGCCGUACUUGUGGCGGCGCCAUACCGACAACAUUGUGGUUUUCGGCGCUGGUAAGCAGGCGUUGUGGCAUCUCCGUUUCGCACUUUCGCUGAGGGGUGAGGAGAUCAAGUCCAUCACCGUGGUGAAUCGAUCUACGGAGCGGGCGCAGCAGCUUAUUUCGAGAUUGAAGGAAGAGAACCACGCCCGUUGGAAGUCUACUGCCAAAUUUCUGCCGUCGGGUCUUGGCAGGCGGACAUGUUGGAAGUAGACCCGGAACUGCUGGCCCAGGCGACCAGUGUCGCUGGUGGGAAACUGCGCGGGCAAGGUUCAAAGGUCACAGUGCUGGUCGACGACCGCGAGAAUGCACUCAAGCAUUCUGGCGAGAUCAUUCAGAGUAAAGUCGCGGCGGAGUGCAUAGUGGAGGUUGGGGAGAUAGAGAUUUCACGGAAACAAGGAGAGAAGCUGGAAUCACUAUCGACACUGGAGGAUGGAUUGAUCAUCUACUCGUGCC